CGCUGGCUCUCCCUUCAUUUUUUCUCCCCUCCCUCCCAGCCUCUCUCCCCUCUCUCUCUCUCUCCCUCGAGCUCCCGGCUGCCUGCGGCUCCCUCGCUCUCCCUCUCUCUCCGGUAGGCUCCACCGAGCGAUGCGAGCUCUGGGAGACAGCGACACCGCCUCCCGCUAGAGACCUGCCCCCCGACCCGGCCCCCUGCCCAACCCUGCCCUGCGCGCAGGGGUCGGCGAAGGCGCCGCGGACGCACCGACGGCUGAGGACCCGCGAUGCACAUGCACUAGCAGCACCCCCUCUCUCACUCCCUCCACACCCCGCGCCGCCGCCUCCUCCUCCUCUGGCAGCAGCGGCAGAAGGACCCACCCUGCCCCCCACCCCACCCUCCGCCGGCUCCGGCUGCGGCUCUUGCCUCAACUAUUAUUUUAUUUAUUUUGGGUCGUGCACAAGCCUCAGUGCCUGCAGCCCGCGCCUCCUCGGACCGCGGGCGCCUCUUCCCUCGGCCCCGGAGCCCCAGACCCCGGCCACCUUCGCCUCGACACCCCUAGAACCCGCCAGCUACCGCAAGUCUCCGCUGCUGGAAUCUUAGCGGCUGUCUUUUUGGGGGGUUCUGGUUUCCCGACAUUUUUGUUUUCAACCAAGGGAAGGAUAUCGUGGUUUUUUCCCCUUUGAACCCAGGCUCUGCUCUCUGGGGGGGUGGGGGGCGCGCCGAGCCGGGGAGCCGUGCCAGCCGAGUCGUGCGGGCUGUGGCAGGGAAGGGGCCACCAUGGGAUGUACUCUGAGCGCAGAGGAGAGAGCCGCCCUCGAGCGGAGCAAGGCGAUUGAGAAAAACCUCAAAGAGGAUGGCAUCAGCGCCGCCAAAGACGUGAAAUUACUCCUGCUGGGGGCUGGAGAAUCAGGAAAAAGCACCAUUGUGAAGCAGAUGAAGAUCAUCCACGAAGAUGGCUUCUCUGGAGAAGACGUGAAACAGUACAAGCCUGUUGUCUACAGCAACACCAUCCAGUCCCUGGCAGCCAUCGUCCGGGCCAUGGAUACUUUGGGCAUCGAAUAUGGUGACAAAGAGAGAAAGGCCGACGCCAAGAUGGUGUGUGAUGUGGUGAGUCGGAUGGAAGACACCGAGCCCUUCUCCGCAGAACUGCUCUCGGCCAUGAUGCGGCUCUGGGGUGACUCAGGAAUCCAGGAAUGCUUCAACAGGUCUCGGGAGUAUCAGCUCAACGAUUCUGCCAAAUACUACCUGGACAGCCUGGAUCGGAUCGGGGCCGCCGACUACCAGCCCACCGAGCAGGAUAUCCUCCGAACCAGGGUCAAAACCACUGGCAUCGUGGAAACCCACUUCACAUUCAAGAACCUCCACUUCAGGCUGUUCGACGUCGGGGGCCAGCGAUCUGAACGCAAGAAGUGGAUCCACUGCUUCGAGGACGUCACAGCCAUUAUCUUCUGUGUCGCGCUCAGCGGCUAUGACCAGGUGCUCCAUGAAGACGAGACCACGAACCGCAUGCACGAGUCUCUCAUGCUCUUCGACUCCAUCUGUAACAACAAGUUCUUCAUCGAUACCUCCAUCAUUCUCUUCCUCAACAAGAAAGAUCUCUUUGGUGAGAAGAUCAAGAAGUCACCUUUGACCAUCUGCUUUCCUGAAUACACAGGCCCCAACACCUAUGAGGACGCGGCCGCCUACAUCCAAGCACAAUUUGAAAGCAAAAACCGCUCACCCAACAAAGAAAUUUAUUGUCACAUGACUUGUGCCACAGACACGAAUAAUAUCCAGGUGGUAUUCGACGCUGUCACCGACAUCAUCAUUGCCAACAACCUCCGGGGCUGCGGCUUGUACUGACCUCUUGUCCUGUAUAGCAACCUAUUUGACUGCUUCACGGACUCUUUGCUGUUGACGUUGAUCUCCUGGUAGCAUGACCUUUUGGCCUUUGUAAGACACAGCCUUUCUGUAUCAAGCCCCUGUCCAACCUACGACCCCAGAGUGACUGACGGCUGUGUAUUUCUGUAGAAUGCUGUAGAAUCUGGUUUUAGUUGAGUCUUUACAUUUAGAAUUUGAAAGGAAAAAAGAAAAGAACAUUUCUCAUGUGCUUUGUAGCUUAAAAAAAAAAAGGAAAAAGGAAAACUCACCAUUUCAUCCAUACUUGUCUUUUUUUUCUUUUCUUUUCUUUUCUUUUUUUGGAAAUAAAGCAGCAUACACAUCUGCACCCGCACCGCGCCCCCCUACCCCUGCCUGCCACCUCUAUCCCCAGCAUAGAGGGGCCCCCAGUGCACCCGCAGAGCCACCCCUCCUGGGGGCUUGGGUCCCAGGGGAGCGUGUUCGGGUGGCGCUUCCCAGGGUGCCCCCCACCCCCACGCCCUGCCCACCACCUGCUCCCUCCAGGUUUGCAUAGGAAAAGCACAGCUCUGACUGGCCAGUAGCUGCCAAAGAGUACCGAACAAACGUAUAUAAAUAGAGCCCUUACAGACAACAAUUUUCCCACAACCUCCUUUCUACAGAUUCCCUUUAUGAUUUUUCGUUAUCGUUUCCAUUUUUGUUUUUAUUUGUGUCCCAAAGAGCACGAUGUAUCACAUACCGGCUCAGCUCUCAUAGUCUGGGAAACGGGGUUGUGGAUUUUUUUUUUCCUCUGACACUUUUGCUUCUCAGUCUCUCAGAGGGAUGCUCCCUUUGUGUGUGCGCCCCUCUCCGCCUUUUCCUUUGUUCCAGUGACCUGUGUCCGCUCCUUCUCAUGUGGGGAUGUUUGUGCUGCAGAUAAAAAGAACAAAAACAAACAAAAAAAAAUUUUUAAAUACCAUGAGAUGGAAAAAAACAAAAAAAAAUUUUAAAAACAGGUGGAAUGUAGUGUUUACACGAAAGCCAGUUUUCAUGAUCAGUCCUAUGUCAUUUCUACUUUGACUAGUAUCCAAACCCCAAACCUCUUCACGGUGUCACUUUUAAGACUUACUAUUUGCUGAAGAAGACCAGUCACGGCCAUUUCAGAUAAAGAGGAGGUGAAAAGACAAAACACACAAAAAAAUCAAAAAUAUGGAAAAAAAAAACUUGAAAAAAAAGGAAAAAAGAAAAAAAAAAAAAGCCCACGGGUCUUUCUAAGCCUUUCUAUUCCCAAUCGGUGAGGUUUCUGUGAUAUCUUACACACUGCCAGUCUACUUCUCUGACUAAUGGAAAAUUCAUGUGUAGCUCAAUAAAGAGAAUGUUUGUCUGUAUUCUGA